AUGCGUGUGUUGUUUGGCGCUCAAGAUGUUCUUAAUCUCGUCAACAACAGUUACACACUGACUGCAGAAAAUGCAAUAGAAGUGCAAAUAAACGCGCAACGUGAAAUAACGAAGAAGGAUCAUAAGGCAAUGUUAUAUAUCCAUCAGUGUGUUGAUCCAAAGGUGUUUGAGAAGAUCGUCGAUUCAACAACGGUGAAGGCCGUGUGCGAUACACUUGUGCAAUGCUAUGAUGGUGACAUAUCAGUAAAGAAAGUAAAAUUGCAGUCCCUACGCAAGCAGUACGAGAAUCUCAGUAUAAAGAAUAAUGAGAAGGUGACUGAUUAUAUCUCUAGAGUGAUUGUGGUCACGAAUGAGAUGAAGUCUUGUGGAGAAACAUAUUUUGAACUGGUAAUCAUUGAAAAGGUACUAAGAUCACUUACUCCUCUGUUUGAUUACAUAGUUAUAGCCAUAGAACAUUCGAAAGAAACUAGCACCGCUCUGAAAGCUUAUUUUGUCAAUAAGAACAAGAAGCAAGCAUGGCUAGAGAAUAGGAAAAAGAAUGGUGAGGGUGUUCAAAAGCCAAAACUCUCCAAUCCAUAUGACACGAAACAUAAAAAUGUUCAUAAGGGAAAGGAGAAGUUUGAUGAUAGAAAGAUUUGGUGCUACAAUUGCAACAAGUUUGGCUAUUUUGGUGUUGAUUGUUCGCCAAACAAGGUUAGCAAGGGUGAAGAAGCCAACAUAGCCAGAGGAGACUUUGAGGAUGAACCAGUGUUAUUGAUGGAAUCUGAGAAUGCAAUCGGAAUAAUGGUAGACUUAUGGUAUAUGAACACUGGUUGCUCAAAUCACCUAACUGUAAACAAGCAAUAG